CGGCGAGCCCGGCUCAGGAACCCCUUCUACCCGCUCAGCCCGGAGUCGUACGGCGCCUACGCCGUCAUGUGCCUGUCCGUGGUCAUCUUCGGCACCGGGAUCCUGGGCAACAUGGCCGUGAUGUGCAUCGUGUGCCACAACUACUACAUGCGCAGCAUCUCCAACUCCCUGCUGGCCAACCUGGCCUUCUGGGACUUCCUCGUGCUCUUCUUCUGCCUCCCGCUCGUCAUCUUCCAGGAGCUCACCAAGAAGUGGCUGCUGGAGGACUUCUCCUGCAAGGUGGUGCCCUACAUCGAGGUAGCCUCUCUGGGAGUCACUACAUUCACACUGUGUGCCCUAUGUAUAGACCGAUUUCGGGCUGCCACUAAUGUACAGAUGUACUAUGAGAUGAUUGAAAACUGCACAUCAACUACUGCCAAACUAGCUGUUAUAUGGGUUGGUGCUUUGCUUUUGGCACUUCCGGAGGUAGUGCUACGUCAGUUGACAAAGGAAGACCCUGAAUUUAGUGGCAGUCUGCCAGGGGAGCGAUGCGUGGUAAAGAUUUCCACUGAAUUACCUGAUACCAUUUAUGUAUUAGCUCUCACAUAUGAUGGUGCAAGACUCUGGUGGUAUUUUGGCUGUUACUUUUGCUUACCUACCCUCUUCACUAUUACCUGCUCCCUAGUAACAGCAAGAAAAAUCAGAAGAGCAGAGAAGGCAUGUACAAGAGGCAACAAGCGACAGAUUCAACUGGAAAGUCAGAUGAACUGCACCGUGGUGGCUUUGACCAUUUUAUAUGGGUUUUGCAUCAUUCCUGAAAAUAUCUGCAACAUUGUGACUGCCUACAUGUCCACAGGGGUCUCUCAGCAGACUAUGGAUCUCCUCCAUCUCAUCAGUCAAUUUCUUUUGUUCUUUAAGUCAUGUGUUACCCCAGUCCUCCUCUUCUGUCUUUGCAAACCCUUCAGCCGGGCCUUUAUGGAGUGUUGUUGUUGUUGCUGUGAAGAAUGCAUCCAGAAGUCUUCAACGGUGACGAGUGAUGACAAUGACAAUGAGUACACCACAGAACUUGAACUAUCCCCUUUUAGUACCAUCCGCAGAGAAAUGUCAACCUUUGCUUCUGUUGGGACUCACUGCUAACUAACUUUAUGGCUUUAUUUUUAGUAUUUUUCUUUAUUUUAUUUUUAACUGUAUUUUCCUUGUUGGAAUAAAAUACAAGAAAAAAUCUUGAUGGUAAAAACUGCUGUGCAAGCCAAUUCCCAUAUUAACAGUUGUGCUUUGGAAAAUGAUUUCUGUUUUAGUUCUCAAAAUAAGAGAAAAAGAGCCGGUGUGUGUUUUUAAAAGCAUUAAAUUGGUCUGGUGCUAGUCUUUUUCUGUGUGGGGAUGAAGAAACCAUGUCACUCCAUCUGAUUUAAUUUCUUGCUAGUUUAUUUGAUAAUCACUGUAACUUGAUUGCAUAGAUGCAUUUGUGGGUUUUUGCAAAAUGUUUAAUGUAAAAGAUGUGGUGGAGAGUAUUUGAAGUUAGUUUAAUCCCAUUUACUGUACACCAUUGUGAGAUGAUUUGGAGUUUGGAAAAUUUACAAAGUAGCAUAAAAAUAAAUAAGAUUUUAUUCUUUACCUUCAGUGUCAACCCACAUUUAACAAGGAUAUCCAUAAAAAAUAAUAAAUUUCUUUAUUAAAGACAAAAAAAAUCUUUGCUUCAUAUCGAAUACUUUAAAUUGAUCAUAUUUAAUUUAUCAUUCUCGUAUUAACACUUGGCAAUAGAAAUUAGCAUGUGUAAAGGAGAUCGUUAUAAUGGUAUUUGCUUUAUGCAAAUAGUUUUUAAAUGUGUAUAAGGAGGGUUCAAUAUGCUACAUUUAAUUUCCUUUUCCCAUCUGUAGAUAUACAGUGUUUAAGUUACUUUGUUCUUUUUGAGAAGCAAGCUUUGUUUUCACAUUGAAUUAUAUGUGUGACUUCAGUAGUUGAGUUUCCUCUUUACUUUUUUUUAACAGUAAGGUCAUAUCUUGGGUCUCUGAGUGUAAUUCCUGUUGGUGUCAGUGAGAGUGCCACUGCACAGUAAGGGCGCUGUUUUG